CGUUUAUUCACAUCCGGUUCUCCAUUUUCUUUUGGUCAUCAUCGCGUACGAUUGCGUUCAUGUACAUUCAUUAUCGAUCUUAACGCUUUUAAAAAUUAUUAAACGUUUCAGUCGUGUAUUAAAAACGUUUGUUAGUCUGUACGUUGCAUAAUAUUCUCAUAGUCCUUUUUUCCGAGCAUCGUAAUUUGGAUUAUCGUGUGCUAAUGCGUGGUAUUUCAGAAAGCUCACCAACUCGCACAAUGGCGGAGGAUUUGGAUGUCGAAGCAAUGUUGGAGGCGCCAUAUAAGAAAGGGAUGGAGCAGGACUCCUCAUCCAAAGACAAAUCCUCCAAGGAGAAUGGGUCUAGCCGUAAAUCAUCUGGGAAAAGUAAACAUCGUUCUCGUUCCCGUUCUCGUUCGCGAGACCGUAGGGAGAAAGAUCGUCGAGAUCGUGAAAGAGACAGAGACAGAGAUCGAGAUCGCGACAGAGAUAGAGAUCGUGAUCGUGAUCGUGAUCGUGAUCGUCGACGUAGAUCGAGAUCAAGAGAUCGGAGAGACCGUGAUAGAGACAGAGACAACGAUAGAGACAGGGAUCGUCGAGAUAGAGACCGCGAUAGAGACAGAAGAAGGAAACGGUCACUUACACCUAUCACGCUUCCUAGAGCACGGCCACCAUUUGGAAAAGGUGUUAGUCCCCUUGGAAUUAGAAACGAUGAGUUAACACCAGAAGAACGUGAUGCCAGAACUGUUUUUUGUAUGCAAUUGAGUCAACGCAUACGUGCUCGCGAUUUAGAAGACUUUUUUUCCAGUGUCGGUAAAGUUCAGGAUGUCCGACUUAUCACAUGUAACAAAACAAGAAGGUUUAAAGGUAUAGCAUAUGUUGAAUUCAAAGAUCCUGAAAGUGUUACGCUGGCACUUGGUUUAUCAGGUCAGAAACUUCUUGGUGUUCCUAUAGUAGUACAACAUACUCAAGCUGAAAAGAAUCGUAUGGGUAAUUCUAUGCCAAAUCUUAUGCCAAAGGGUCAAACAGGACCUAUGAGGUUGUACGUUGGAUCUCUACACUUUAAUAUCACGGAAGACAUGCUUCGUGGCAUUUUUGAACCUUUUGGAAAAAUUGAUAACAUUCAAUUAAUAAUGGAUCCAGAAACUGGUCGUAGUAAAGGCUACGGAUUUUUAACGUUCAGAAAUGCCGAUGACGCGAAGAAAGCUUUAGAACAAUUGAAUGGAUUUGAACUUGCUGGAAGACCAAUGAAAGUUGGUAAUGUUACAGAACGUACAGAUUUAAUUCAAGGACCUUCGCUUCUCGAUACAGAUGAAUUAGAUCGAAGUGGUAUUGAUCUUGGUGCUACUGGAAGAUUGCAAUUAAUGUUUAAGUUAGCUGAAGGAACUGGGCUAGAAAUACCUCCUGCAGCUGCAAAUGCAUUAAAUAUGGCUCCGGUUAUGUCAACACCACAACCACCACCACAAGCUGCCCCGCCUAUAGCAACUCAAUGCUUCAUGUUAUCAAAUAUGUUUGAUCCACAAAAUGAGACAAAUCCAAAUUGGGCAAAAGAAAUUCGCGAUGAUGUUAUAGAAGAAUGUAAUAAACAUGGUGGGGUACUACAUGUGUACGUGGACCAAGCUUCUCCUCAGGGUAAUGUUUAUGUCAAGUGUCCGUCAAUCGCGACAGCAGUUGCGGCUGUUAAUUCGUUACAUGGCAGAUGGUUUGCUGGUCGAGUGAUUACAGCCGCAUAUGUGCCAGUUGUAAAUUACCAUUCAUUGUUUCCGGAUGCAAUGACUGCUUUGCAAUUAUUAGUUCCGAGUGCACCACGAAGAGGAAUGUGAUCUUAAAAUGAUGCAAAUAUAAAUUACAAAUAUGUAAAUUCUUAUAGUAUUACAUUCGUUCUUACUAAUAUUAACAAGGAACUUUUGUUACUAUGAUAGUCAUUUGAAUAUUAGUUUAAGUCAUAGAUGUAAAAUUGUAAAGUGCAGAACAAAAAUGGUUUAAUAUGAUCCUGCACAAUAUUUUCAUAUGUUCAUAAAUCCAAUUUUUUUGCUUCUGUUUUUAUGAAUACCAUAACAUAAUUUUUUUUAUAAAAAAUUGGUCAUAUUUAUUCAACAUAAAAUUUCGGAAAACGUAAUCGAUAUUAUCUUGACCAAUUAGUAUGCGAUGAUAAAAAGAUCACUGUUGAUACAUAUAUAUAUAUAUUUAGAUGUUUUAUUACUCUACGAAAACGAAAUUGUCCCCUAAACAUUUUUCUGAAUGUAGUACAAGGUUUAAAAAUGUUACGUGCAUCCUUCACGUAUCAUUGUACUUUAAUGAAUGAAGCGUGUAUAAUUGAAAAAACUAUGCAUUGCUGCCUUAUUUGAUAAGUGUGUUACGUAAUAGAUAAUCGUCAGGUUAAAAGUUAUUCUUUAUAGUAUGAGAUCCAAUCAUUUUUGACGCUUCAUCUGUUAAAGUAAAAACUUCCCGGCAAGUUAUAUGCAGAAUAAUAGAAUAAGUAAUCGUUAAGAUUCUUAUGUAAACACCUGUUGGAAAAGAUAAUAUACACACAAAAAAUGUAUUAUAGAUUUUUUAAGUUCAUAAUUAUUAUAAAAUUUACAACACUUCUGAAAGAUAUAGAUUUAUAUUGUAUUAAUGGGGAAUACGUAUAAAACAAAAAGAACCAAAAAAGUCGAGGGGUCUGCAGGUUACAAAUUUCUUCAAGAUUUCGCUUUACAAAUCCGUUGAUUGAUUAAUUACAUCAAUUUUUCUGUAAUAGAAUAUUUUUUGCAAUGAUUUAACAAUUAUCAUGAAAUAAUUAAACUGCAAGGUACUAAUUCUCGAUACAGUUUUUCGAUAUAUGUGUACGUGAUACAGACAUUAUAAUAAUGGCCUCAUAAAGAAUGGCCGUAAAUUAUCAAGUGUAGAUAAAACUUAUAAAUUUUUUUAAUUUCAGAAAUAUUUCUGUAUCAAAUAUUAGAAAUUAUAACUGUACGCGUGUUUUAGACAUAAAUUUGUAAUGUCCGAAAAUAGCAGGAAAAUCAUUACACACUGUUUCUUUUGUUUCCCCCCUCAUAAAGUAUUAAAUUUCAUAUUUAAUACUUAUAUUAUCCCUGCAGACUUCUAUUAAUUAAUAACCCAUUAUUGUAAUCUGUGUAAAAAGUCUUGUAAAUUAAUAACAAUCAUUAUAGACGUAAUAAUACUAUCGCAACUUCGUAUUAUUGAAACAUUGAUGUAUACUUUGAUAAUUAUACAUUAAAAACUAAUGUGAUACUCUGUGGAAAUGCUCUUUCAGAAUACAAAUGUAAAUGCGCAAAUAUAUUUCUCUCACAUUCAUUUGUUUUUCUGUAUGAUAAUUUAAAUAAGUCUAGCGUAUAUAAGCUUUUCAUUUCCUAUUUUAGAGUAGAAUACAAAGAUUAUUUUUUAGCUAUUCGCUGUAUCAUCAUAUUAUAACGCAAAAACAUUACGCUGAGACGUUGUAUGCAUGUUGGAAAAUAAGGCAGAAAAAUAUUAUAUAUGUACUCUUACAAUGAUAGUUCAGUAAAACCCUUAUUAAGGAAUACUUUUUAAGGGAUAUGUAAAAACUAAUUACGUCAUCAUUGAGAGUGCUGCAGCUCCUUUUUCUUUCAUUACUCUGCAAAAAUUUACUACGCAUGUCUAUCUUUUACGGUUUAGGACUGCGCAGGGCGUCAAGGUUAACCGAUUAAUUCCCGGUGCAUAGCACGGGCGUUCCACAAGUUAGUAAUUAAACAAUUAAACAAUAAGUUUAAUUAAGUUAUGCACUGUAAAAAAAGUGGGGAAAAUAAAGAAAAUUUCAAACA